UGGAGGAGUUGCCGAGCUGGGCUACUGUGGCAGCGGGGCGCGGAGCUGGGUGCGCGCAGAGCUUCUGCCACCCGCCGCCUCCUCGCCCUCCAUUCCUCGUUCCCCAUCUUCCCCCGGCCACGCCGCGACUGCGCUGCCACCGCCUCCCUGGGAACGGUCGCCGGGGGAGGGGGCCCUGUGCGGUCGAAGCCCGUUGGGAGGUGCAGGACACCCACACCCUGUGCAGGGGAGCGCGCCCGGCCCUGCCCGGGAUCAGAUAACUGCGGCGGGGGAGGGGGUGGGUCGGCGGUGCUUGCCGCGGGACUGAGUGACAGAAGCCAGCGGCGAGCCCGGAGCGAGCGCCGAGUGGCUGGGGGCGCCGUCUGGGCGUGCGCCCCCAACCCAUGGCUGGCGACGCGCCCCUCGGCGUGGAGCGCUCCCAGGGGCUGCGCUGAGGCGGCGGCGGCAACGGUGGCAAUGCAGCCAGCGCAGCGGCGGCCGGGACCGGGAACGGCCGCGCGGAUCUUGGAGGACGCGGGACGCGCCGCGCCCCGGCCACUGACCGAGAAGUGCCCCUGCCUGCAGUCAGCCUGGGGGCAGGCCAGGGUCCACCAGACCCCGGGAUGACCGCAGCCAGCCGGGCCAACCCCUACAGCAUUGUCUCAUCAGAGGAGGACGGACUGCACCUGGUUACCAUGUCCGGCGCCAACGGUUUCGGCAAUGGCAAGGUGCACACACGGCGCCGGUGCCGCAACCGCUUUGUCAAGAAGAACGGCCAGUGCAACAUCGAAUUCGCCAACAUGGAUGAGAAGUCACAGCGCUACCUGGCUGACAUGUUUACCACGUGCGUGGAUAUCCGCUGGCGCUACAUGCUGCUCAUCUUCUCCCUGGCCUUCCUUGCUUCCUGGUUGCUGUUCGGCAUCAUCUUCUGGGUCAUUGCUGUCGCCCAUGGAGACCUGGAGCCAGCCGAGGGCCGUGGCCGUACACCCUGUGUGCUGCAGGUCCACGGCUUCAUGGCAGCCUUUCUCUUCUCCAUCGAGACACAGACCACCAUUGGCUACGGGCUCCGCUGUGUGACUGAGGAGUGCCCGGUGGCUGUCUUCAUGGUGGUGGCACAGUCCAUUGUAGGCUGCAUCAUUGACUCCUUCAUGAUUGGUGCCAUCAUGGCCAAGAUGGCCCGGCCCAAGAAGCGAGCGCAGACUUUGCUUUUCAGCCACAACGCUGUCGUGGCUCUGCGUGACGGCAAGCUCUGCCUGAUGUGGCGCGUGGGCAACCUUCGCAAGAGCCACAUCGUAGAGGCCCACGUGAGGGCUCAGCUCAUCAAGCCCAGGGUCACGGAGGAGGGUGAGUACAUCCCGCUAGACCAGAUGGACAUUGACGUGGGCUUUGAUAAGGGCCUGGACCGCAUCUUCCUGGUAUCACCCAUCACAAUCUUGCAUGAGAUUGAUGAGGCCAGCCCUCUGUUCGGCAUUAGCCGUCAGGACCUCGAGACAGACGACUUUGAGAUUGUCGUCAUCCUAGAAGGCAUGGUAGAGGCUACGGCCAUGACCACGCAGGCUCGCAGUUCCUACCUGGCUAAUGAGAUCCUGUGGGGCCACCGCUUUGAGCCAGUGCUCUUUGAGGAGAAGAACCAGUACAAGAUUGACUACUCACACUUCCACAAGACCUAUGAGGUGCCCUCUACUCCCCGCUGCAGCGCCAAGGACCUGGUGGAGAACAAGUUCCUCUUGCCCAGUGCCAACUCCUUCUGCUAUGAGAACGAGCUGGCCUUCCUGAGCCGAGAUGAGGAGGAUGAGGUGGCGACAGACCGGGAUGGCCGCAGCCCUCAGCCGGAGCAUGACUUUGACCGACUGCAGGCUGGCAGUGGUGCCCUUGAGCAGCGGUCCUACAGACGGGAGUCAGAGAUUUGAGUGCUCUUGACUUGGGUGCAGCACCGCCCUGACCACAAUAGGUCCCAGGUCCCUUGGGGACCUGGGUUUGAGCAGAGCAAGCCAAAUCCUCGGGCCACAAACUCUGUAGCAUCUUAGUCUUUCCAUGUUUUUUCCGCAAUAGCCUGGGGAAGUUGGUGAGAGAGCGGGUGACCAGAAUGAAUGGCCCGUGGCCUCAUGUAUAUUUAUGGGCAAGGAGGUGGUGACCUCUUGGGGUAAGGGGAACAGCAGGAGUGGAGGACUCUUCUGGAGGCCUCAGAAGCAGCUCAGGAGAGGUCCCAGCCCUGAUGGAGAAAGUUGUGUGUGCACACCUCAUUGGUUUUUAACUUGGAUAAGACUGUUUACAAAAACAAAAAACAAAACAAAAAAAACCCCUGCGAAACACAAGAAAACACUAACAAGUGGUUGCAUUUUUUAAAAUCCAUGGUGUGGGGACAGUUAGAAUUCUACUACCAGCUGCCAGGCAAGCAGCUGGAUGGAGAGACCAGAAGGUUCUCGGAGUUCUGGUGUCUCCCUCACGUGUCCUGCUUAAGGGUGAAUCAGGCUUGUGACCAUGUUAACGAUUCUAAUAAAGUGUCUCGAUGUCUCUGGGGGUGGGGGCCCACUAGGAUGAAUCUGGCUUGAUCAUUUGUGUUUGCCUUUGUACCUCAGCUGGAUCAGGGCUGGGUUUAGGACCCAAGGGAGGCCCCCUUCCGUGCCCCUGUUCCUCACUCCCUGUCUGCCCGAGGUUUCCACCCCUUGCGGUGAGGGCCGGUAGGAAACACCAGAGUGGGUGCUUCUUAGGAAAGGACACUCAGGAAAUUAGCAUGGGGUCUGGUUCCCACAUUCCCAGAAAGUGGAUCAGCCCCACCCCCGUAGGACUCACAGUUUGAGUUGUGCCUUAGACACUCUGGUUGUCUGGCUUCCGUCUUUUUGGUUUUAUCAGACUUGUCCAAUCCUUCCCUGCUGCCCCUGACUCCGCUCCUGACGCCCAGAAAGCCCCCCCCCCCCCCCACCGAGGGUGCAGGCUGCACCCCUCCUGUCUCACAGCCACCACGUCCCUACCUGCUUUUCUCCCACACUCCUGGGGCGCCAUGAGGUAGCCCAGCUGGCCCCAGCCAGUCAUCUGCUGCUAGAAGGCAGAGUCCAGGAAAGGAGAGGAGAGGAGCACCCCUUCCCUGUCCCCAUCCUGCCCCUGCCACCAUAGAAAUGACCAGAGAAAUGUCAUAAAACAAUUUCUGUGUAGCCUUUAGGGGCCUGUGAUGGAGCUUUCCCUCCCCGAGGUCCCAAACCGUGAAGUCUUCCCAUCAUGCCCAGUUAGGGAGACCUGAGGUGGGCUUGCUCCCAGGCAUCUAGCUUAAGAGUUCAUGCUAUGUUCUAGCCUAGGAGUCUGCCUAGGACUUGCUGCAGAGGCCUCAGCUCCUUUGUGUUCUUGGCCUGGCCUCUGCCCUCACAUCUCACUGAGUUUUCUAGCUUUGGCCCUGAGGCCUGAGGGUGCAUUCUGUGUGGGGGUGCUUGGCUCUCACCCACCUCUGUGCAGUUGUCAGACUGCGGGAGGGAAGAAGGGGAAAUCCUGGGCCCUGGGUACCACUGUGGGAGCCUAAGCACCUUUCUGAGUAGGUGGGCCUGCAUCCAGAGCAAGGUCUGGGGGCUCCUGGUCCUUCAAGGCCUGCUCCCAGCUCAUCUCAGUGGCCUGAAACAUUCAGCACUCUGGCCCAUCCUCCUCCCAGGCCCAGGUCUGCCAGAAUGGUCCAGUCCCUGGGCCCUGCUGGAGAGCAGCUCAAGCUGCCUUUCAUCUCUGCCAAAGGCAGGCGGAUCCUGUAUUUUCAAAUUCUCCUGCCCUCUUUUUUUUCCUCUUUCCCUGUAUUUAUUUAUUGCUUGUGCUAAAGACCAAACUAGCCCCUCUUUUUAGUGCAUCUAAUGGGGGAGGCCACUGAGGGGAGCGUGUGCCUGUGCCAAGCAGGAAAGCUUGGCCCCUGGGGAGUGCGUGAGGAAGGAAGCUGGGUGUGCGUGCCUGCAUGUACAGAUGUGCUCACAUGAUUGCCUCCCUGUGUGUGAGUCUUGGUAUACUGAUAUAUGUUAUACACAGGUGUUUAUGUGCAGGUAGUUCGUGUGUGUCUGCUUUUUUUAUACGGGUAUGGUGGGUCUGGUGCUCACUAACCUGAACUGGUCAGGUUGGGUGCUGGCCACAGACACAAUCACAGUCCGACGUGAGUCCCUGCCCUGCCCUAGUUAUGCAGGCUGUACACAGUGUGCAGCAGUCUGAGGAGUCCGGUGGUAAGCUUCUGCACCAGGUCCUGAUGGAGGCCAUGCGUGCAUCUGUGCAUGUGAACAUGUGUGAGUGUGUGAAGGUCCCAGGGUGCGUGUAUGUGAAUGUCAGUGGGGUGGGUGCUGUGUGCAGCGUGUGAGAGCUGCAUAGAACGACGCAGCUGCCCUGAGCCCAUGCUGGUGCUGUGCCACCUGGUCCUUGUCCAGCUGAGGGCCUGGGGGCAGAAGGACACACCACAGGGAGGCCCCUGUAUGGGUGUCUGCCCUGUGUGAGGUCAUAGAAUGUUAAAUCUAUUUUAAAUGGUGAAACUGGAGAAUUUUCAUGUUAUUUUCAAUACAUAGCGGUAUCUAAAGAUGUAGGCAACGAGACUAGACCACAUUAAAUGCAUUUUGAUCUCUUUGAG